AUGGCUGAGCCCAUCCGUAACAAGCGCCUUGAUCCGGCUACCGCGCCUACGCCGCAAAACACCCCCCUUCAAAAUGCGCCCAUUUCGUCGCAUGCCCAGCAGCCUGGCGUCGCCAGCAUCAAGGAAGAGGACCUCGACCGUGCCGCUGCUGCCUCCAUCUUUGCACAGAACCCCAAGCUUGUCCAGAUGAUCCAAGGAAGACUUGGUUCUCUCGUUGGCCGAUCCUCCGGCUACAUCGAGUCGCUGCCUCCGCAGGUGCGUCGCCGUGUUGCCGGCCUCAAAGGCAUCCAGAAGGAACACUCCAAGCUUGAGGCCGAGUUCCAGGAGGAGGUUCUCCAGCUCGAGAAGAAGUACUUCGCCAAAUUCACUCCUCUCUACGAGAAGCGUGCCAAGGUUGUCAACGGUGCCUCUGAGCCUACCGAGGAGGAGAUCAAAGCCGGCGAGGAGGAUGACGAGGAGGACGAUGAGGAGACUGAAGAAGCUGAGAAGGCCGAGAAGCCUGCCGAAUCGAAUGAGUCGGUUUCUGGUAUCCCCGAGUUCUGGUUGUCUGCCAUGAAGAACCAGAUUUCUCUCGCCGAGAUGAUUACCGAUCGCGACGAGGCCGCUCUUAAGCACCUGAUCGAUAUCCGCAUGGAGUACCUCGACAAGCCUGGCUUCCGCCUCAUCUUCGAGUUCGCCGAGAAUGAUUUCUUCACCAACAAGACUGUCACCAAGACAUACUUUUACCAAAGUGAAAGCGGCUAUGGCGGUGACUUCAUCUACGACCAUGCCGAGGGCGACAAGAUCGAGUGGAAGGAGGGCAAGGACUUGACUGUCAGAGUCGAGAGCAAGAAGCAGAGAAACAAGAACACCAAGCAGACCCGCAUUGUCAAGAAGACGGUGCCCACCGAAUCUUUCUUCAACUUCUUCUCGCCUCCCCAGGCCCCUGCCGACGAGGACGAUGACGCUGCCUCCGACAUUGAGGAGCGCCUCGAGCUUGACUAUCAACUCGGCGAGGACAUCAAGGAGAAGCUCAUUCCCCGUGCAAUUGACUGGUUCACCGGCGAGGCCCUGGCCUUUGAGGAGCUCGACGAUGACGACAUGGAGGGCGACUUUGAUGAUGAAGACGACGAGGAUGAGGAUGACCUUAGCGAGGACCGUGAUGAGGAUGAGGAGUCCGAGGACGACGAUGACACCGGCAAGCCCAAGGCGGAGGCGGCUGAAUGCAAGCAAAGCUGA